AUGCUGGGCCGUUCCAACCUCGUGGCCCUGGUCGGUGGAGGCAAGAAACCACUGGCUGCGCCCAACAAAGUUUUGAUCUAUGAUUGUCAGUCGGACCAAAUGGUCGCGGAGCUGGGCUUCAAAACCCCGGUCCUCAACAUUAUGAUGGCCCGCGACAGUCUGCUGGUAGUGAGCAAGAUUCGCAUCGAUGUGUUUAGCGUGCCCACCUUUGAAUUGCAGGAGACGUUUGAAACUUAUAGCAACCCACGCGGAUUGGCAGCGGUCAACUGGCUGGGCACGCAAGUGCGCGUGGCUAUACUGGGCAGUCAGCCCGGCCAGGUGCACCUCGUAGACGUGGGUGCAUCUGGACGAUCCCCCGUUAUGUUUCAAGCGCACCAACACGCGCUGGCUGCACUGGCGAUGGCGCCGGCAGGGGGCCGCCUGGCAUCGAGUUCUGUCCGCGGUACCAUCAUCCGCGUCUUUGAUACCAAGACGGGCGCGCAGCUUCACGAGUUUCGACGUGGCUACACGGCCGCCGAAAUGUUGGGGCUGACGUUUUCUCGCAAUGCGACCAUCUUAUGCGCGGCAAGCGAUCGAACGGCGCAUCUGUUCGCUGUCGAUGGUACUGCGACAGGUGGUACCAACUCUACAACGACUGCGCCCCGAUCGGCUUCGAGCGGAGCUGUGGUUGCCUCUGGAUCCGAGUCGCGGUCCUGGACCAUGUUCCUGCACGGUCAACAGACGAGCUUCAAGACGAUUGAGCUUCCUUUUCCUGGGCGUUGCUGCUUCACUUUGGACGGCCAAAGCCUGAUGGUGGCCUGCCGCAAUGGGGCCCUCUACGCUUUCUCGUUGAGUGAGGGCUCGACGGAGGAACCGGCGGUCAUCACGUUAUUUCGCGAGGAUGAUUGUGACAUGUUUCGCGUGCGUUCGUGA